AUGACAAAACAACCAAUUCCAAUUGAUUUCGAUAUCGAUUCAAUUAUCGAUCAAUUAACAUUGUCUGAAAAAAUCUCCUUGUUAGCUGGUUAUGAUUUCUGGCAUACCACACCAAUCCCACGACUCGGUAUCAAAAGUGUAAAAGUCACCGAUGGACCACAAGGUGUUCGUGGAUCAAAAUUCUUCAACAGUGUUCCGGCAAAUUGUUUCCCUUGUGGUACUGGACUCGCCUCAACUUUCAAUCAAUCCUUAUUGGUCGAAGUUGGACAAUUGUUGGGGUAUGAAUCGAAAUUAAAGGGGGCUCAUGUUGUGCUUGGUCCGACUUGUAAUAUUGUGAGGGGUCCUGUUGGAGGUAGGGGGUUUGAAAGUUAUUCUGAAGAUCCAGUCUUGAGUGGUAUUGCUGCUGGUAGUGUCAUCUCGGGGAUUCAGAAGGAAGACGUGGUGGCAUGUAUUAAGCAUUUUGUGUGUAAUGAUCAAGAAACUGAAAGGAAAGCUGUGAAUGUUGUGAUUAGUGAACGUGCAUUGAGGGAGAUUUAUUUGAAGCCUUUUCAAAUUGCAAUUCGUGAUUCUUGUCCUGGGGCGGUGAUGGCUGCGUAUAAUAAGAUUAAUGGGGUUCAUGUUUCUCAGAAUAAGAAAUUGUUGAAUGAUGUGUUGAGAGAAGAAUGGGGUUGGGAUGGGAUGGUGAUGUCGGAUUGGCAUGGAGUUUAUUCGACUAAAGAAUCUUUGGAUGCUGGAUUGAAUUUAGAAAUGCCGGGUCCAACUAGAUUUAGACAAGAAUUACCAUUGACUCAUUCUAUUCAAACUAAUGAAAUCCAUCGUGAUGUGAUUGAUGAUAAUGUUAGACAGGUUUUAAAAUUGGUUCAGAAGAGCUAUAAGGCAAAUAUCCCAGAUGAUGCCAUUGAAGUCCCUAAUCCUUCAAAAGAAGCCGAAGCAUUACUUAGAAAAGUUGCCAAUGAAUCAAUUGUCUUAUUAAAGAAUCAAGAUAACAUUUUACCAUUACCAAAAGAUGUCACUCCUGAUAUUAAAACCAUUGCAGUCAUUGGUCCCAAUGCUAAAGUCGCUCAAGAUUCCGGUGGUGGGUCCGCAUCAUUGAAUGCUAGAUAUAAAAUCACUCCAUUCGAUGGGAUUAAGGAAAAACUCAAAGAUAGUUCAAUUGAAUUAACCUAUGCGCUUGGAGCAUACUUAGACCGUAAUUUGCCCGAUGUUGGACAUGUAUUGAUAAACAACGAAGGCAAACCAGGUAUCACCGGGAAAUUUUACAAACAACCCCCUGGCACAUCUGGUGAUCGUGAAUUAUUUGAAGAAUACCAAUUAUCUACAUCCAGAUUAUUCCUUUCCGAUUUUAAAAGUGAUAAAUUAGACAGAAAUCAAUUAUUAUUCUAUGCUGAUUUCUUAGGAACUUAUAUCCCUGAUGAAAGUGGUGAAUAUUAUUUUGGUUGUUCUUGUUUAGGUACUGCUCAAAUCUUCGUUGAUGAUAAAUUAAUCGUCGAUAACAAAACCAAACAAGUCAAAGGAGAUGCAUUCUUUCUCGGAUUGGGGACCAGAGAAGAAAGAAAUUCAAUGUAUUUGAAGAAAGGAGUAAAAUAUCAAGUUAGGGUUGAAUUUGGUUCUUCUCCAAGUUAUACCUUAAACAAAGCCGCUCUUGAAGGUGGUGGAGUUUUCUUUGGUAUUCAAAAGAAAAUCGCUCCUGAAAUUGCAAUUCAAGAAGCUGUCGAUGUUGCCAAAGCUGCCGAUGCUGUUGUGUUAGUGGUUGGACUUUCUAAAGAAUGGGAAUCUGAAGGAUUUGAUCGUCCAAAUAUGGAUAUUCCAGGAUAUACAAAUCAAUUAAUCCAAGAAGUAUCAAAAGUAAAUUCCAACAUUGUGGUUGUGAAUCAAUCAGGUACUCCAGUUACUGUAUUACCUUGGAUUGAUAACGUUAAAGGGUUUGUUCAAGCUUGGUAUGGAGGUAAUGAAUUAGGAAAUAGUAUUGCUGAUGUGUUAUUUGGUGAUCAUAAUCCAAGUGGGAAAUUAUCAAUUAGUUUCCCCAAGAGAUUUGAAGAUAAUCCUUCAUAUCUUAAUUUCGGAUCUAGUGAUGGACAAGUUAUCUAUGGAGAAGAUGUAUUUGUUGGUUAUAGAUAUUAUGAGAAAGUUAAAAGAGAUGUCUUGUUUCCAUUUGGAUUUGGUUUAUCAUAUACUAAGUUUGCUAUUGGCGAUCUUGAAUUGGUUGUAGAUGAAAAUGAAGGAACGUUGUUAGUAACAGUUUCAGUUUCAAACAAGGGUGAACUUGCUGGUGCUGAAGUUAUUCAAUUAUAUGUUCAAGAACAUAAUCCUCAAGUAAUUCGUCCAGUGAAAGAAUUAAAAGCCUUUGAAAAGGUUUAUUUAGUUCCUGGAGAAACCAAGAGAGUUUCAAUGUCAGUUUCCAUCAAAGAAGCAACAUCUUAUUGGAACAAUUACAAAAACAAAUGGCAAUCCACCAAGGGUAAAUAUUCUGCAUUAGUAGGUAAUAGUUCAGACAACAUAAUUAUUCAACAAGAAUUUGAAACAACUAAAACCAAAUUCUGGUUAGGUGUCUAG